AUGAUGGUGGCAGCUUUACUAGUGCUUACACUUGCGGUGUCCCUACAGCUUUCCCAGCUGCAUCUUUCUGCCACUGUGGUUCCAGCCAGGGCUGAAAUUACACGCCCUCCACAGGAUGAAAUUCCGCAGAAAAGGGAAAAGGAAGCUGGAGGGGGAGCGGUCCAAGAACGAGGACGACCGGCGUUCCACGGAAAAGGCUCCGAGGCGAGGCUGCGGGCGUCGAAAGAUGAUGAGUUGCAGGAGCUCCAAUUAUGGCCAUCGGCGACCACAAGACAAACUCUAAAGCCUCUUGGUCCCCGAUUCCCACCAGAGGGGCUUUACGACCUGUCAAUUUCAAAGCGCAAGGCUCAGAGGGCAAUCAAUACUCGUACUAGGCCAGUGAGGCCCGGGCACGAUGAUGGAGUGGCUGCAGAGGACUUACAGGUACGACUCCGUACGAGUACCGAAGGUGCGUCCCAAGAAACUUGGCCCAUGCGCAUUGCCGUCGCUCUCGCUUAUGGAUGUACGAGUAUGCUACGGGUUACAGUCCAGCCGGCGGACGGAGAGAACUUCGGAGGAGUGCUGUUAGCAUCCUUCCAAAGCUGUCUGUCUGUGAGCGAGCCCGGUGCCAGCUCCAUGCCUCUCAGUCAGCACAUCUCGCAAUCAGAUUCAUACACCCCUCCCCGCCAGCCAGGCCAAACUGAAAUUGAAACCCCCCCGUUGCCGUCGACAGGUAGCAAUGCUCAUUGUGCAACCCUGCUUGGCGUGCUGACAUGGAGACGUCGACGAUGCCCUUUCCGGCUGACUCUGCAUACACUGGUGCUAGUUGGAGCAGUAUUAGCAGUACAGUACGAUACCACUAAACUCGGUACUCCGUACUCCUGCUCUACAGGUACGAUAUCCCUGAGAAGACUCAGAUUUCAGGCUCCUGACAAGGCUCUCAUCAUUACCGCCGACCAGAUCAUGUCAGUCAGUCAACGGCAACAUGGAGACGAAGAUAUGGUCCUGGGUUGCGGUGGGCUACUAGCUUCAUGCAAGCGAAGAUUGAAACAAGACGGGCUUGAACCUUUGGAAAGGGAUCUCCUCUGGUUGUCUCUGGCUUUUUCCUCUUUGGGAUCAGACAGAUCACUCGCGUUGGCCCCAAAAUUACCCCCCUGGGACUCAGUUGGAGUUGACUUGUCUACCUAUGCCCCCGUUUGGAAUUUUGAAAUUCAAGUUGCUUACGCCAGCGGGUCAUGCGACAAAGCACCUCAGGAUCGAUCGCAAAUAGUUGCUGAAACAGCUACUGUGUGCCUCUAG